ACCCUACCCAUUGGGGGAGGGGCGUGGCGGGUCACUGCGCAUGCACGUUGCCUGCGCUUCCCGCAGGGUCUGCUGGGCACCUGGACGUCUGCGGCGAAACCAAGUGGAGAGCGACCCGAGGGACAUGUGGCGGCCGAUGCAACUAUGCCACUUCCACUCUGUUCUGUUGCAGAGCAGGCAGAAGCCCUGGCCAUGCCCUGCCAUAUUCUUCCGGAGAAAUUUCAAGGGCCCACUGACAAGGACCUCGAGAAUCAGGCUGCUAUGGAGGAGGGCACUCUCUGUCACCAUGGUAGGGGUUCCCUUGCUCCUUGGAGCCCGCUAUUUCACAGCAGAGGCACAGGAGAAGAGGAAGCUGCGACUUGCAAUAGAUGGCAUUGGGCGCUUUGGCAGGUCUCUGAAGAUUGGUCUGCUCAUUUCCCUGGACUACUGGUGGUGUACAAAUGUUGUCCUCCGAGGUGUGGAAGAGCCUGGAGUAUGUGAAGGUGAUGUCUGCAUGUCACCAGCGUGCAGCUGAUGCCCUGGUGACAGGGGCCAUUCUCAAUGGGGGCCUGUAUGUCAAACUGGGCCAGGGCCUGUGCUCCUUCAACCACCUGCUGCCACCUGAAUACAUCCAGACAUUGCGUGUGCUGGAGGACAAAGCCCUUACUCGGGGCUUUAGGGAGGUGGAUGAGUUGUUCCUUGAAGACUUCCAGGUACUGCCUCAUGAGCUCUUCCAGGAGUUUGACUACCAGCCAAUGGCUGCUGCAAGUUUGGCUCAGGUGCACCGUGCCAAGCUGCAUGAUGGCACUGUUGUGGCUGUAAAGGUGCAGUACAUUGACCUACGAGACCGCUUUGAUAGUGAUGUGCAGACACUGGAGCUCCUGCUGCAACUUGUGGGGCUCAUGCACCGCAGCUUCAGCUUCAGCUGGGUCCUGCAGGACCUGAAGGGGACCCUGGCCCAGGAGCUGGACUUUGAGAAUGAGGGCCGCAACGCUGAGCGCUGUGCUCAGGACCUGAAACACUUUCCCUAUGUUGUGGUCCCUCGAAUACAUUGGGACAAGUCCAGCAAGCGGGUGCUGACAGCUGACUUCUGUGAUGGCUGCAAGGUCAAUGACGUGGAAGCUAUCAAGAUCCAGGGGCUGGCAGUACAGGAUGUAGCAAAGAAGCUGAUCCAGGCUUUUGCAGAACAGAUAUUCUACACAGGCUUCAUUCACUCUGACCCUCAUCCUGGCAAUGUUUUGGUGCGGAAAGGUCCAGAUGGGAAAGCAGAGCUGGUGCUGCUGGACCACGGACUUUACCAGUUCCUAGAUGAGAAGGAUCGGUCAUCCCUGUGCCAGCUGUGGCGAGCCAUUAUCCUGAGAGACAAGGCUGCAAUGAAGACACAUGCAGCUGCACUUGGGGUACAAGACUACUUGCUGUUUUCCGAGGUGCUCAUGCAGCGGCCUGUGCGCCUGGACCAGCUGUGGGGCUCCCACCUGCUGAGCCGUGAGGAGGCAGCCUACAUGCAGGAAAUGGCUCGUGAACACUUUGAGGGCAUCAUGGCAGUGCUCAAGGCACUGCCACGGCCCAUGCUACUCGUGCUGCGCAACAUCAACACAGUGCGUGCCAUCAACUCGACUCUGGGCACCCCUGUUGACCGCUACUUCCUCAUGGCCAAGAGUGCAGUCCGGGGCUGGAGCCGCCUGGUGGGUGCAGCAUACCAUGGCGUUUACAGCAGCAGCCUUUUACGCCACAUCAAGGUCAUUUGGGAAGCACUCAAGUUUGAGGUGAUGCUGAGGCUGGAAACCCUAGCCAUGCAGCUCACCACCCUCCUGUUUCGUGUUCUGGCCCGCCUGGGCUUUGUCCCCCAGGCUGAGGAUGUCUACCAGUACCUGGAGAUGUAGGUCCCUAAGCCAGAAUGACUACAAGGCUGCCUGAGGCCAACAGGGCUUCCAGCCUCAGCACACUGGACUGGCCCCAGUGCAGUUGUCUUACACCCUGAGGCCUGGAAUGGGGAUGCACUGUGGGGGCUCUGACAACACAAUGAGCACAUAACUCCUCU